UAUAUCAACCAUUCAAACAAAAACUUUACUAUCUUACACCGACACCCAAAAUUGUCUCAAUCCUUUUUGCCUAGCAACUAAUUCUUAUUCUACAUUUUGGUACUCAAUUUGUCGAACAUUUUUGACAUCAAAACGAGAGAGAGAGAGAGAUAGAGAGCAAUGAGUGAGUCUCAUGGUUCCGACACAGAAUGUUCCUCCACCAAGAAGGGAAAAAAGGAGAAAGCCAAAGAAACAGUGGUAUAUCGUGGUGCCCGCAUGAGAAGCUGGGGGAAAUGGGUCUCGGAGAUCCGAGAGCCUCGUAAGAAAUCAAGAAUCUGGCUCGGGACAUUCCCCACAGCGGAGAUGGCAGCACGUGCCCACGAUGUUGCGGCAUUAAGUAUCAAAGGAACAUCUGCAAUCCUCAACUUCCCCGAGCUCGCGGAGUUUUUGCCACGACCCAUCUCGCUCAGUCCACAGGACAUCCAGGCCGCGGCCGCUGAAGCCGCUCUUAUGGAUUUCAAAACUGUACCAUUCAAUAUCGAAGAUAAGACCACGUCGUCCCAAACUAGGUGUGAGACUGAGAAGAUUGAAAAGGGAUUGCCCUCAUCCUCUUCCUCGUCCUCGUCUUCUAUGCUCUCGGAAGAGCUAGGAGAAAUCGUGGAGUUGCCAAGUCUUGACAACAAUGUACAAAACGAUUUUGGGCUGUUCGACUCGUUGGAGGGGUUGGUGUCGAUGCCCCCAUGGUUAGAUGCUACCAAAGAUGAUUUUACGUACGGAGAUGAUUCGGUACUGUUGGACCCACUUCUCCAAGAAAGCUUUCUGUGGAAUUACGAAUAAAGGACUUUUUUUGGAAAUAAAUGCACAUUUUUGUUUCUCCUUUCUUUUACA